AUGAGUUGCCAAAGUUUCAAUAAGAGACUUGGAAAACAGGUCACGGAGGAUCGUCUUAGAUCAAUAUGUUUGCCAAAAAAAUCAACUAAUGCGGCUAAAAGGCUUUUUAUCAGUCAAUUGUUAAAAGUUUUUCUUAUGUUUCAUUGUGAUCAAAUAGAUUUUAUUCUUAGAUUAAAUGAUGUGAGGAAAAUUGCAGGAAAAUUGUCUGUUUAG